UUGUACGCUCAAACUACCUCUAUUUUUUUCUACAUAUUCACUGUCCAAACUUGGAGUCGACGUACUUAUAGACGCAUGAUGAAGGAAGUUCAACGACCGACCGCCAUAUCUCUACGUACUGAUUUACCCUUGGAACCGAAUGAAAUUCAAACCAAAAAUGAUGAGCCUGAGGAUCCUCAUAGGCUGGCUAUUUUAAAUUUCGUGCAAGAUAUCACCUCAAACUCUUUGACGAUGCCAGAUGAGAGUGCAUCACCUACGUCUCCCAGGACAUCGUCUGAGACGCCGACUGACGAAGAAAAUUCUAUUAGUGAAAAUGGAAUCAGGGAUAUCAAUAAAAUUUUCGAUGACCACACAACCAUUGAUCCUAAUGCUGGAAAGGUUAUAGAGAUAAAAUGUGGUCCGCUAUAUGCGAAAAUGCAUUUAGAAUUAUUUCGAUGUCCUGGAAUUCAUCAGGCAUGUAUAGAACUUAAUGGAGAAAUGAUUAGUCCCAAAGAAUUUACUGUGCGUGCAAACAAAGAUAAGCAAAAAGAUUGGAAAGGCAGCAUACGCAUAGGAAAAUCCAAUCUCAGAACUCUCAUGGAAAUGAGAACUUUCGAUUUCUAUAAUCAUGCGCAACUCUGUUCCGCAAAAUGUCAGAGUAGGAACUAUAUAACACCUAAAGAAAAAGAUUGUGAGAGCAGACGCGGUAGCUCAGCAUCGCAAAAAGCUGCACCUGUUUUCCCAAACCUGUUUAGUAACCAAUUCAUGGGUCAAGCACAGUGCAAUUUAAAUAUUUUCAAAGAAGCGUCAACUUUCACUCAAUUAAUGCAAUGGAAUAAUGUACUCAACAAUAAUAAUCAACAGUUGAACGGGACAUUCAAAAGUGAAGUCAAGGAAGAAGUUGUAGAUGUUGACGACAGUUUAACGGAAUCUCCGCAAAUUCCUGUCAUGCUCCCACCAGAACAAUACUUGAGGAUGAUGAAUACAGAUCCUCCAGUUUUUUGGACUGAGAUGAGCCAAAUGAAUAUUUUAGACGACAUUAUUGACCAAAUGGUACAAUCAUUGUACCGAAUCCGAGAUACGUCAAAGAUGUUCGGAACUAGCAAUGUAGCGUCUUCUCUAACCAGGGUGGCAUCAUCGUUAAAUAUUGGUGAUUCAAUCAUCAAUUUAAUAACGGAUAAGCAAAUCCAAAAACGCUUGAACAUCCAAAUGGAAAAGCCACGCCUUUCAUCUGAUUAUUCCUGUCUAGAAGAUACGGACAGAAAACGAUCCAUCGAUGAAUCCUCUCAAUCCUCCUCAAAUUCUCAAUCAAGCCCCGAAGUAAAAAGGCCACGAGUUCAAUAUCCAAACGGGUUAUCGCAAUCAGAGGCGCCAGAUCUCAACCUGCUUCAAGCUCUUGUCAACGCACAAAUGCAGCUUGGUCAACAGUCUUCUAUGGAUCUAUUAUUAUCACUUACAACCCCUCUCUCAUUUGGUGAUUCUCUUCUCGCUUUGAAACGAGAGCAAAAUAACUCAGUAUGA